UGUAAGAUAGGAAUUUAAGCAACACUUUACUGAAGGCGGCACAAUCAUUCAGUUCGUAAUUCGUAUAAGAAAUUGAGAAGGAACAAUUAUUAAGUAUACUAGUACUUGUAAAUUGUUACGUUUUCGUUAACUAUGGCUAUAGUGAGGUUCUUUACCUGUGAAGCUUUUAGUGUUCACAAAACUAAGGAGAUAUUAAAUAAAUUAAAAAUUGUCGACAAUGAUGUAAAGGAGUUGUCAACAGAAGUUUGCUACCAUGUGGAACUUGCUGAAGGUUGUGACAAUCUUUCCAAUAACCAAAUUCAAAUUCUUCAAUGGCUUCUUAGUUCUCCAUUGCAACCACAUUCAUUAAAAAAUGAUUCUGCAUAUAACUUUGUAAAAAAUAAUCAAGUUAUAAUUGAAAUUGGCCCCAGGUUUAAUUUCUCAACAGCUGAUUCAAGUAAUUCUGUUCAGAUUUGUGAUAGUGUUGGACUUCAUCAAGUGGUUCGACUUGAAGUGUCUAUAAGAUACCUCAUUACAUUUAAGGAAGUAAAAAAUGUUGAUAACAGCUUAUUUGAAGCUCUGGCUGCUCCUUUGCAUGAUAGAAUGACACAAUGCAUUUACACUAAAGAAAAUUUACCACAGAAAAGUUUUAACGAAGGCCUUCCUAAAGAUUUAGAACCUUGGUAUGUGGUUCCCUUACUUAAUGAGGGCAUGGCAGCUAUGGAAAAAGUUAAUACAAAAUUAGGAUUGGCUUUUGAUGCCUGGGAUAUGGAAUUUUAUAUGGACCUUUUUGUUAAUAAACUGAAAAGAGACCCUACGAGUGUUGAGUUGUUUGAUCUUGCUCAAAGCAAUAGUGAACAUUCUCGGCACUGGUUUUUCAAAGGUAAGAUAAUACUGGAUGGAAAGGAAAUAGACGAGUCCCUGAUUGAUAUGGUUGCUUCAACACAGAACACUUCAAAUAAUAAUAAUGUCAUAAAGUUUGGAGAUAAUAGCAGUGCAAUCAAGGGUUUCAAUCACUUUAAACUAACUCCACUGGAUGUAACAAAGCCAUCUCAAGUGAUGAAGGAAUUGACUGAAUCAGAUAUUAUAUUUACUGCUGAGACACAUAAUAUGCCAACAGCAGUUGCUCCGUUCAGUGGUGCUACCACUGGCACUGGUGGCAGAAUAAGAGAUGUCCAGGGAGUGGGAAGAGGUGGUCAUACUGUUGCCGGUACAGCAGGGUAUAGUGUUGGCAAUUUACUUAUACCAGGAUAUGAUUUACCUUGGGAGGAAAAAAGCUGGAAGUAUCCGAAUAAUUUUGCUAGUCCAUUACAAAUUAUUAUUGAUGCUAGCAAUGGUGCUUCAGAUUAUGGUAACAAAUUUGGGGAACCUGUUAUAUGUGGAUUUGUACAGUCCUAUGGUAAUAAGAAUGGGGACAACAUAAGAGAAGAGUUCGUAAAACCAAUCAUGUUCAGCGGUGGUAUUGGAUACAUGCCUCACAAUAUGAUUAAGAAGGAAAAACCAGAUAAAGGCAUGUUGUUGGUGAAGAUUGGUGGACCGGUGUACCGUAUCGGUGUGGGUGGCGGCGCAGCCUCCUCUGUGGCCGUGCAGGGUGGAGACUCCCGCGACCAUGCGCUAGAUUUUGGAGCCGUACAGAGAGGUGAUGCAGAAAUGGGCAACCGUCUUAACAGAGUAGUGAGGGGUUGUUUGGAAGCCAAAAUUAAUCCUAUCGAGUCAAUCCACGAUCAAGGAGCCGGAGGAAAUGGCAAUGUAUUGAAAGAGUUAGUAGAACCUGAAGGCGCUGUUGUUUUUACUAAGGAGUUUGAACUUGGUGAUCCUACGAUCACCACUCUGGAGUUAUGGGGGGCAGAGUACCAGGAAAAUGAUGCUUUACUAUGUACUAAGAAGAAUAGGGAUGUCCUUGAAGGUAUUUGCCGCCGAGAAAGGUGCCCUGUGUCGUUUGUUGGAGAGGUGACCGGAGAUGGUUUCAUGAGUCUCGUAGAAGAUAAAUAUAACAAUGAAUAUUUGAACAGAAAUAAUCGGCUGAAGCCGGAAAUUAAGUCUAAAAUGCCAUAUGAUCUGCAUUUGGAAGCCGUUCUAGGUAAUAUGCCUCGUAAGACAUUCGACUUGAGACAAGAUAAACGCACUAAGCUACCACUAAACUUGCCCGCUGAUGUCACAGUUGAAAAAGCCUUAGAUAGAGUCUUGAGGCUCGUGAAUGUUGCUAGCAAGAGAUAUUUGACUAACAAGGUUGAUAGAUGUGUAAGUGGAUUGGUUGCACAACAGCAAUGUGUGGGUCCGCUUCAUACACCGUUAGCUGAUUGUGCCAUAAUAUCUUUAUCCUACUAUGACUUGGUCGGAUCUGCAACAUCUAUUGGUACCCAGAAUAUCAAAGGUCUGUUGGACCCCGCAGCUGGUGCUAGGAUGUCUCUUGGUGAAGCUCUUACUAAUCUGGUAUUUGCGGGAAUAUCUGAGUUGGGUGACGUCAAGUGUUCUGGGAACUGGAUGUGGCCGGGUAAGACGGGUGCGGAAGGCGCGGCUUUGGUGCGAGCCUGCAGGGCGGUCAGUGACGUCAUGAGUGUCCUCGGAGUCGCUAUCGACGGAGGGAAGGACUCGUUGUCCAUGUGCGCCAGCGUUGACUCCGCGCCUGUUAGGUCUCCCGGUACCCUCGUAGUGUCAACUUACGCCCCUUGUCCCGAUAUAACUGUGAAAAUCGAGCCCGCACUGCUCGUAGAGGGCGCUGCAAUCAUUCACGUUCCAGUAACUCCAGGGAAAUACAGAAUCGGCGGUUCAUCUCUCGCUCAGUGCUACAAGCAACUCGGCGAAAACCCGCCAGAUCUAGACGAUCCUAAUGUUUUAAAAUCUUUAUUCAACGUCACUCAGAAACUUUUGAAAGAGAAGAAAUUGCUGUCUGGUCAUGAUAUAAGUGAGGGGGGCUUUAUAACAGCAGCCUUAGAAAUGGGUAUCGGUGGUGUUCGAGGGCUGGAAAUAGAUUUACAAGUGGAAAAGAAUAUUACGGCCAUAGAGGCUUUGUUUAACGAGGAACUCGGCAUACUGUUAGAGGUGGCACAAAGUGAUUUGAGCUACGUAUUAAAAGAAUACAGCCUACAAGGGGUUAAGGCCAAAGUUGUGGGUAAAACUGGAAAUUAUGGCAUGGAAUCGCAGGUCACCGUGAAGGUAAACGACGUGUCAGUUUUGAACUCCAAGCUUAUAGAUGUCUAUAGAAUGUGGGAGGAGACGAGCUUCAGACUGGAAUGCCUCCAGGCUAAUUCUGAUUGCAUCAACCAGGAAUGGGAAGGUCUGGCAAAACGUAAGGGUGUUACAUACAACGUCACCUAUGAUCCGUCCGUGGGUUCCGUGAGGACAAACCCAGUAAGGGUUGCUGUGCUCAGAGAAGAAGGUACAAAUGGUGAUCGUGAGAUGAUAGCAUCUCUAAUGAUGGCUAACUUCGAUGUUUUUGAUGUCACUAUGAGUGACUUGCAAGCAAACAAGAUACAUUUAGAUUCAUUCAGAGGCAUUGUAUUUCCUGGUGGAUUUAGCUAUGCCGAUACCUUGGGAUCAGCAAAGGGUUGGGCAGCAGGAAUAAUGUUCUCGGAAUCUCUGAACAAACAAUUCACUCACUUCAAAAACAGAAGCGAUACAUUCUCAUUGGGUGUGUGUAAUGGAUGUCAACUGAUGGCGCUACUGGGCUGGGUUAAUGUAGAUAAUAAAAAGGAAGAGAGAGCUCAGAUAUUCUUAGACCACAACCAGUCGGAGAGAUUCGAAUGCCGUUGGAGCGCUGUGAAGAUAAACGAAUCGUCGUCGGACGUGUGGUUCCGUGGUAUGGGUGGGAGCGUCUUGGGGGUGUGGGUCGCUCAUGCUGAAGGACGUUUCGUGACCGACAGACUGCAACAGUUGAAAGACAAUGAUCAGAUAGCGUUACAAUAUGUCGAUGAUGAAGGGUCACCCACACAAGUAUACCCCAUGAACCCCAAUGGAAGCAUCGAGGGUAUAGCGGGUCUGCGAUCUGUAGACGGUCGGCACCUGGCGAUGAUGCCUCAUCCUGAACGGUGUGUUCUAUCUUGGCAAUGUCCAGUACCACAGUCCGCAGACAAGCAAAGCAAAUAUUCACCGUGGAUGAAACUAUUCAGCAACGCAUACACCUGGGCUUCACAGAAUUAAUGCGUCAAAAAGUAGUGUAUUGACACUAUACUGACAACGAGAAGCUCAUAUGGACCUCAUAGCACUAAUAAAACAGUAAAUAAUAGCAAAUAGAAAUUGCUAACAUUAAAAAUAUAUAAUGAUAGCAAGAAUUUUGUUACAUGUUAUGUAAUUAUAUAUCAUUUUAAUACUAAAUUUUUCUAAUAUUCUUAAUUUUAUUAAUUUUGUUUUAAAAGAAAUAUGUCUUGAAAAGCUAUGUGAGUUAUCGCUCAAAUGCCAAUGGGAAACAGCUCAUUCAGAUGUUUACAUUAUAUGUUUUUAAUGUGUUUCAGUUAUGUGGAUUGUAUAAACAUAUCAAGAUAUUUGUUACAUUUAAAAAUCAUUCCAUUUUGAUGUUAAAUAAAUAGUAUUAAUAUUGUCUUCCAAGAGUGCCAAAUUUUACAUGGAAUUUAUUUGAUAUCUUUCCAUUUUGUAUCAUAUAUUAAUGAAAUCUCAUUUAAUGAAACUAGCUUCUAUCUUAAACGUUUUUAUCUUUUGUUAUUGUAAUUAAGUUUUAUAAGAGAAAUAUAUUUUCCUCGUCAUAAAAAUAAAAAAUGUAAUUUGCGCUUUUUGAUAUUGUAAUUUUUUUUAUGGGGAUAUAGAUAAAAAAUUGCAUUCCUCCUUGAUAUUUAUUUCUAAUACUUUUUUUGUGUUAAGUUUUAAAAUUAAACAGAACAUGAAAUCAUACGUUCAAAAAUAUAUUUUUUUUUAUUAAA